AUGUGCCACAGGACGCUCUGUUUGGACAUCAGCUUCUCAGUUCCGAAACGGUAGCGACUCUCACUAACCACCAUGAAGGCGUUCUUCCUGUUGGUUGUCUUGGUGGGUGCGGCCGUUGCGGAGGAGGCAGUGAAGGUGGAGGAGAAGCCCGUCACAGUGGUGGCCAAAAUGGAGGACAAGAUGGCGCCUGUAGUGGCAAAGGUGGAGGGGGAGGGGGUGGAGCUCGGCUCCAGGACAGGCGCAGUCGACGUCGGUGAGAGGAGCGCCGUCCCAGCAGCCCCCAUUUACCCGACGCCGUACCCAUCCUACUACUGGCCGUACUACGUGCCCCUGGCAGCGCCGUCGCAGCUGGCCCGCUCGGACUCUAAAGGAGCCGUGGCUACAGUGCCCUACUACUACCCGUAUGCCUACACGUAUCCCUACUACACGUAUCCGUACGCACCUGUAGUGGCGGCAGCACCUGUACCUGCCCUCCGUGUGCUGCCUGCCUGGAAAAAGUAAGCGGCUGUGGUGGGCUAUCAGCACCUGCAAACCUCAGUCAGAUAGCCAAUUCCACAGUGUAAUCUAUAUGCGCAUACAGUGUUGUGGUGCAUCAUAAUUACAUAUGCAUGUAAGCCACCUUCAUCAAAUGAAUAAGAACAUCCUACUGUAUAAAAUAAUUGCACCAUUAUGUAACAAUUCCAUGUAGAGAGCUGAGAUAUGAUCUGAUGUAACAAAUAAAACUUCAGUAUAUUUACAAAA